AUGCGUCUUAUACUUAAAGCAGCGGACGAAAAAUUCGUUAAGCUAGAAGAAAAGCCAAAAUUUAUACAUCCCUUGUCCAAUUGUAAAUAUCGAGUGAAUUGGAGCACAAGCGGUAAAGUAUAUUUCGAUAAGAAGGACGUACCUAUAAUCUUGAAGUGUUCGCCCGAUACUUUACUCAAUUUAUGCACAUACGUAGUAGAUGCCAUCCCAAUGGUAAGUGUGUAUGAGUGGACUAUUGAAGAUAUAUGCCGUUGGCUAAGAAAUCUUGGUUAUCGACAAUAUCAGAAUACUUUUCGGGAUAAUCUUAUCAAUGGUCGCACUCUUUUACUGCUAGAUGCGUCAGCUUUAUCGGCGAUAAAUAUUAAAGAUUUUGAUCAUAUACGCGACAUAGCUGGUAAAAUACGAGGCUUAUUCAUAUACGAAAUGACGAAAUUUGGUCGUAGGAUUAGCUUGCCGCCCGAAUAUCUCCUCGAAUUAUAUAAACUAUUUCGUGUACGAACUGGAGUAAAAUAUGAUCGAGUACGACCUGUCGAUUUUUGGCGCCAUUUGCAAAUCGUACGAGAGAAAACACCCUAUCAUUCACACUGGGAAUUGCUGGAACGUUGGCUUUCAAGAGAGAAAUUACCAAAGUUCGGCGAACGUUUUGAAAACGCACCUCGUCGUAAUUUAUAUAAAUGCAAUGUUAAAACUCCAAGUCCCAUCAAAAUGCGGACAUCUGUUCGAGACCGUUCAUAUGCCGAGAAUGUGAAUGAAUGUGAAUUUCGUUUACCAAGUCGCUUGCAAUGCCUGCCCCAUUUGUCGCGUACAGAUCAAGAGAUUGUACUUGAUUGUAAGGAUUGUUUGCCGCCGUGCACUUGCCGCUGGUCCUAUAAAAAAUAUUACACCAAUACCGUACUGACUUGUCUACAAAAAAAUUUCCCGCAUAAAUAUGGCUUGACAUAUAUAUCGGAAAAUAACCAAAAAUAUGGUGGUUUAAAUAAACGUAAACAAAGUUUAAAAUAUUUAAAUUUAUUCAAAUAUGUCGGGACGGCGCGUACGCCAUUCCCGGCUAUCAAAAAUUACACGCACGAGUUAUUCGCAUUAGGAAUAAUCGCGGAGGUCAACUCAACCGAUAGUGCAAUGGCCAAGCCUCACUCCGGGGGAACCGCCUUCGUGAUCACGGUAACCCCUACGCCAGUAUAUGUCGGGACGGCGCGUACGCCAUUCCCGGCUAUCAAAAAUUACACGCACGAGUUAUUCGCAUUAGGAAUAAUCGCGGAGGUCAACUCAACCGUUAGUGCAAUGGCCAAGCCUCACUCCGGGGGAACCGCCUUCGUGAUCACGGUAACCCCUACGCCAGCUGACUUAUACGCUGAAGUUGUUGGUAUUGUUGCCAGCGGUAGCAUAAAACUUACGUAA